AGCUUUUGCCAGGUCGUCGCCGAGGGCGUAGCCUCCCUCCCCCAAUCCGCUCGCGUUGCGCCGCCGCGGCAGCAGCAGCAGCAGCAGCUCGGAUCCUGGGCAAUGGCGACCGCGUGCCCGCCGCUCUCGCUGCCGCCGGCCCGCCUCCCGCGGACGUCCUCGCGCGCCGGCCCCGCGCGCCGCCCGCUCCACGCCGCCCGCUGCAGCGCCGUCGGAGAGGUUAUGGCGGAGACGGCGGCGGUCGGGACGGCGGAGGAGCCGCUGCUGGUGAGCGCGAUCAAGGGGAAGAAGGUCGAGAGGCCGCCGGUCUGGCUCAUGAGGCAGGCCGGGCGGUAUAUGAAGAGCUAUCAAUUGCUCUGCGAGCGGCAUCCUUCAUUCCGUGAAAGAUCAGAAAAUGUUGACCUUGUUGUUGAAAUCUCUCUACAACCAUGGAAGGUUUUCAAGCCUGAUGGAGUUAUCCUGUUCUCAGAUAUCCUUACACCACUUCCUGGGAUGAACAUACCUUUUGACAUUGUGAAAGGAAAAGGUCCAGUAAUAUUUGAUCCCUUGAGAACAGCAGCUGCUGUGAAUGAGGUCAGAGAAUUUGUUCCAGAGGAGUGGGUCCCUUAUGUAGGGCAGGCUUUAAAUGUGUUGCGAGAUGAGGUUAACAACGAAGCUGCUGUGUUGGGUUUUGUUGGAGCUCCAUUUACGUUGGCAUCCUAUUGUGUUGAAGGAGGUUCAUCAAAGAAUUUUUCAAAGAUUAAGAAAAUGGCCUUCUCAGAACCAGAGAUUCUGCAUAAUUUGCUACAGAAGUUUACAACGUCCAUGGCUAACUACAUUAAAUACCAAGCUGACAAUGGAGCACAAGCUGUCCAGAUUUUUGACUCAUGGGCUACAGAACUCAGCCCAGUUGAUUUUGAGGAGUUUAGCUUGCCUUAUCUGAAGCAGAUUGUGGAUAGUGUGAAAGAAACGCAUCCUGAAUUGCCUCUGAUACUAUAUGCAAGUGGAUCUGGUGGACUGCUGGAGAGGCUUCCAUUGACAGGUGUUGAUGUUGUUAGCUUGGACUGGACAGUUGAUAUGGCUGAGGGGAGAAAAAGAUUGGGAUCGAACAUAGCAGUUCAAGGGAAUGUUGACCCUGGUGUUCUCUUUGGGUCGAAAGAGUUCAUAAGCAAGAGGAUUUAUGACACCGUGCAGAAAGCUGGUAAUAGUGGACAUGUAUUGAACCUUGGUCAUGGCAUUAAGGUGGGCACUCCUGAGGAAAAUGUUGCCCAUUUCUUUGAGGUUGCAAAAGGGAUCAGAUAUUGAAAAAACUAGGCUGUUCAGUGCAUUCCUUUCAACCUAGUCCCCAUCGGCGAAAGUUGUAGAUUCUGCUGCUUGAGGAUAGAUACAGGAAGCCAUGUCUAGCGUAGAAUACCUGAAGAGCACAUCUUUUGUGAUUUCUGUGUUUUGCGAUCAGUUUCUUAUCUUACUAUUAAUCUUGUAAGGUUAUUUCACUUGAGGUGUAAGAAAAUGCUUUUGUAGCAAGUAUAUUCUAAUCAUAUAUGUAACCCUGAUAUCAUCAUUUUUAUUGGCAAUAAAUAAAUAUUCUAGUUGAAAAUAUGUUUUUCAUAAAAGAAAAGCAGGGUUACUCUCUUUU